AUGGUUUACAAAUUGUUGUGGGGCCUCUUCAUCUUCUGUCACAUCCUGACAGAUGUGAUCUCUAACCAAGACCUCAACAACAACAACAACAAUAACAACAACGUUACUAAUCCAAGCAACAACAACAAAACAGCCACCGUUUAUAACAACGUCAUUUUAAAUAAUGACAAAAUCGUCACCAUCAACAACAACAACAACACAAAUGACGCCACAGAACCUGGCAUCAACAACAGCAACGACACCAAAUUUUACUUCAACAACAAAGUCAUCAGUGGUAACAUCAUCUUCAACGACACGGUUCAUUGUUUCAGGCUAGCCAAAAGCCACAACAUCAGCUUCACCGAUUUUGCAGUCGAUUUACCUGUAUGGAACACCACUGAAAAUUCACUGAAAGAAAAAUGCGUCGUUUACAAAAAUUUCACUGACUGCCUAAACCCUUACUGGUCGAAUAUAGUCACCAUGACCGAUGAUGAUGACCUUGUCCUUGGGGCUUUGAAGACCAUGAAAAUAUUUUGCAGUGUCAGCGAUAACUUGAGAGAGUACGAAGCCUACCAGUCAUGUUUCCUUGAUCCCUUCGUAGUCAGUCAGGCUGAGGUUUGUAACAAGUGGAAAGUUUCAUCUCUCAAUUUGGUCAAUAAUCGUUCAGUUUACAACGUUAAUGACUUCAAAUGCAAAGUUGAAGAUCUGUAUGGAAACUGCAUGUCCAAUGCCCUGAACUCUUCGAGAAAGUGUGCACAGAACUCUACGGAAUGGCAGAAAGCCUGGUGGAUGAGUAUCAGCUGGUACUACCACAACUCAACCGGCUGUUUCGAUCAUUCGCAUGAUAGCAAAGAUGAACCAGACGGUCAACCAGACGAGUGGUCAAUAGUUCUGGGUGUGGUUCUCGCAGUCACAGCCUGCCUCCUCGUCAUCGGCAUCAUCAUGUUCGCCGUCUUCCUCUACAGCAGACGCAAGCCGAGAACCGAAGAUCCGGACGAUCCAACUAGCAGUACCGGACGAGGUUUGAGAGGUUUCGGAGUUCGUAGGGAUGUUCCUCCUCCGUAUGCUCUUGUUGUCGAAUCGACCGUCGAAGCGGAGUCCAAUACCGACGGUCCUGCCACGACUACCACGGCUAUACGACUAGUCGAUCAAGAGGAUACCGGUUCAGCUGUUCGAUUCUAUGACGGUAAUACGGUUAGUUUACCGGGAAACGGUUUAAUUCUUCCGCCGCCAUACCCGCGAGAGCUGGCAGCACCUGGCAGCGGUAGAAAAUCAAGCGGCAAGGACUGGCGGAAUGGCUCUUCCAGAAGAUCGUCAAGCAAAACGGUUGCAACGACGACUACUGCCUCGGUUGGCGGAGUUUCGAACGUUUUGGAUGAUGAAAUUUCGUUGCGUGUAAUUUCUUCGGGGUACUCGUCAUCCUCCUCGCCUCAAGUGUCGUCGUCGUCGUCGCUGGCAGAUGGUGGAGUCACGGCAGCUGCUUCAAGUAACGCAACUACCACAACUGUCGACCCUGACAAUAACAUUGCUACGAUUACUGCUGUCCAUGCAACUACAGUGAGUGGAUGUCGUAAUGGUGGCGAUAUUGUUGGCGGUGCAGCUCCGGUCGAUCGUGGUUCAAAAAUUGUAUAUGGUGGUGGUGUCGGUGAAACUAAUCUUAGAUGUAAAAAUCUCUCAAGUCCCGGCGAUGGUCAGCCAUUGAACAUUGGCGGCACACGUGGUGAGGACGGUAACGACACUAGCAGCUCAAUCAACCGCAAAAACAUCAACAACAACAACAACACUAACAAAAUUAACAACAACAACAAAAUUAACAACAACGACGACGACGAAGAUGACGAGAUAAACGAAUCAAUCUCAAACUCAUUAACAUCGAAUCUUCUACCACCUAGCGACAAAUUACAUUCAAACACUCCUGUUUCUACUGCUGGUACUACAAUUAGCAAUGACAAUGACUAUACUAGUUCAGUUAGUAUCGACAAUGAUAAUACUAACUCUACAACUUACUCUUACGAUGUUAACAAUCCGUCAAUUCACACCUCUAAUAAUACUGCAAAUAAUACUUCAACGCAAGAACCCAGUACUACUGCUACUACGGCCACUACCGUAGACACUAAUACUACUACGACUACUACUGCUGCUGCAACGGCUGCUACUACACCUGCGACUUUGCUCAGUAAUUCAAAUAACUUCGAAAGUGUCAGUACUGUAGCUUGUAAUAGUAGUAGUAAUAAUAAUAAUAAUAAUUAUAAUGAUAAUAAAAAUAGCAAUACUACUACUACUACUACUACUGCUACUACUACUACUACUACUACUACUAAUAAUAAUAAUAAUAAUAAUAAUAAUAAUAAUAAUAAUAAUAAUAAUAACAAUAAUAAUAAUAAUGAUAAUUUUAGACACAUCCAAGUUAAUACCCCUGGAGAUAGUAACGUUGCGAAUGAAAAUUCAAACAGACCACCCAUACCAAUUGAUGCCUUUGUCAUAGUUAAAGAUAAUAGUAAUAAUAAUAAUAAUAAUAAUAAUAAUGAUAAAAAUUUACGUAAAGGGAAAUUUGUAAUGAAAACUUCUAACAAAAAUUUAGAUAUGGUGUGAGUUAUACACACACACACACACACAACACACAACACACACACA